AUCAGGACUGCCUUGCAUAACAUGGACAGGGAAGCCAGAGAGCAUUAUUCCGUUGUCAUUCAAGCCAAAGAUAUGGCUGGGCAGGUUGGAGGGCUGUCAGGCUCAACAACAGUAAAUAUCACACUCACUGAUGUCAACGACAAUCCACCCAGGUUUCCUCAGAAACAUUAUCAGCUCUAUGUUCCUGAAUCAGCUCAGGUUGGAUCAGCAGUUGGCAAAAUCAAGGCAAAUGAUGCAGACACUGGCUCAAAUGCUGACAUGAAGUACACAAUUAUAAAUGGUGAUGGUGCUGGGGUGUUUUCCAUAUCCACUGACAAAGAAACACGGGAAGGAAUUCUUUCCCUGAAGAAGCCACUCAACUAUGAAAAAAAGAAAUCCUAUACACUUAAUAUAGAAGGAGCAAAUACUCAUCUUGACUUCCGCUUUUCACACUUGGGACCAUUCAAGGAUGUAACAAUGCUGAAGAUCAUAGUUGGUGAUGUGGAUGAACCUCCUCUCUUCACUAUGCCUUCUUAUCUCAUGGAAGUUUAUGAAAAUGCAAAGAUCGGGACAGCUGUUGGCACUGUAACAGCACAAGAUCCUGACACUGCCAACAGUUUAGUGAGAUAUUUCAUUGAUUAUAACACAGAAGAAGAUAGAUAUUUCACCAUUGAUGCUAAUACUGGAACCAUUAAAACUGCCAAGAUCUUUGACAGAGAGGAAACACCUUGGUACAACAUCACAGUGGCUGCGUCAGAGAUAGAUAAUCCUGGGCUAGUGAGCCAUGUUCCAGUUGGCAUUAGAAUCCUGGAUGUCAAUGACAACCCUCCAGAGCUCGCCAGAGAGUAUGACAUAGUGGUCUGUGAGAAUGCAAAGCCUGGUCAGGUAAUUCAGACCAUCACUGCAACUGACAAAGAUAACUCUGCAAAUGGGGCCAGAUUCCAUUUUUCUCUUGAUGAAGGGCUUUCUUUGAAUCCCAACUUUACUCUAAGGGAUAAUGAAGAUAACACAGCCAGUAUCCUGACAAGACGAAGGAGAUACAGUCGAACCACUCAAGAUAUCUAUUACCUCCCAAUUUUGAUUUCUGAUGGUGGAGUGCCCCCUCUCAGCAGCAGCAGUACUCUCACUGUUAGAGUUUGUGCAUGUGAGAGAGAUGGACGUGUGAGAACUUGCCAUGCUGAAGCUUUCCUCUCCUCAGCUGGCUUGAGCACAGGAGCUUUAAUCGCAAUCCUGCUCUGUGUUGUCAUUCUUCUUGCAAUUGUGGUCCUUUUCAUCACCCUAAGACGUAGCAAGAAGGAGCCUUUGAUCAUUUCAGAGGAAGAUGUCCGAGAAAAUGUUGUGACAUAUGACGAUGAGGGCGGUGGAGAAGAAGACACAGAAGCAUUUGAUAUCACAGCACUACGUAAUCCAUCAGCUGCAGAAGAGCUAAAGUAUCGGAGGGAUGUCCGCCCUGAAGUUAAGCCUGCACCCAGGCCUCAUCCUUCUUCAAGCCUUGACAGUAUAAAUGUUCAGGAGUUCAUUAAACAAAGACUUGCAGAGGCUGAUCUGGACCCCAGCGUGCCCCCAUAUGACUCCUUACAGACAUAUGCCUAUGAAGGUCAUAGAUCGGAAGCUGGAUCUAUCAGCUCUCUGGAUUCAGUCACGACACAAUCUGACCAGGAUUAUAAUUACCUUGGAGACUGGGGGCCUGAGUUCAAGAAGCUAGCUGAACUCUAUGGGGAAAUAGAAUCAGAAAGAACAACUUAGCUGUAAUUCCCAGAACAGAGAAAUUCCUAAACAGCUGGAGAUAGAAUGACGACAGUGAUAACAGCAUAUGAAUACAGUACUUGGAACUGAGCAAGUUGUACACAGUUACUGUAGAACAAGUGCCCUUUUCGUAUUUGAAACUGGGUUCUCCAAUUGGAAGAAAGUAAAAUUUUGAAAAAUACAGAGAAAAGAAGCAAUUGUCCCUUGUGUAUAUUUUUAAUUGCUCAAUAAAGUCUGUGGUACUGUAUCCGUAACAGUACCUAAAGUAAAGCUGGGCAAUGACACUUUUAUUGCAAUAUGCUUAAUAUCUCUGAGCUACAGUAUGUUUCUGAUCAUGCCUGUUUAGGAAGAUAACUAAUGGAAGAGCAAGUCAUUUGCAGAUGGUUUUGAGGUUGCCUUGCUAGCUGUGCUCUAGGCCUUGUGAUCCCAAUGUAAGGUAGCUAAUGGGGUUUACUAUCAGUGUGAGAAGUUCUAGGAGUCAUUUUCCUUUAACAGCAGGGAUAAUCCACACCUAUCCUCUAAAAUGAAUGGUCCUUUGAUGGUUUAAUCUGUUUGAAUUAGCAGGUUGCAAUGUGAAAAUAUCAUUUCAUUAUGUCCCUCAUAAUCUUUUUAUCCCUAACCAGCUAUCAGAGGGAAAGCAUCAUUAGCUGUCAGUGCAAACACAGAGCUAGACCAUAACCCCAGACCCACUCUGGAAGAAGCAUUGUUUUCGAUGUGUUUGCUUUUUGUCUUUUCAUGGGAACAUCAUUCAUGUAAAUGAAUCUGAAGUACUCUUUAUGCAGCAAAGCAGAUGAAGCGUAGGUUCUUUCAGUAAAAACAAGAAUGGCAGCACAAUUAAAGUAUGCAGUUGUUCGGUUCACUGUGCUUCACUUAUGGCAAUAGACUGAGCUUUUGAAGUCUUUUGCUGGUCUUAAUCCAAGAGCUACAUCAGUCACUUUAUGACAGUGUUCUUAAUCAUAAUGUGUCAAUUUUUGUGUGUGUCUAGAAGCAAAAUAUUGCUGUUGGUAAGACUGGAAUAGAGAAGAUUUAAACAAGGUGAUCAAAAUGAUGAUGCUUGCUUUCUUUUUAGUUCAAUAUAUAGAUAUUUAAUUUGUCUUAGAGUAAUUUCUAUCUAAGCAGAACAAACUUUUUCUCCCUAUUUCAAACAUCAUGGGAAGAUAAACAUCUUAAGCCAGUGGAGA